GAGAAAUAAUUUAAUAUGGUAGAGGUUUAUGAAUUCUGGACUAUUAUAGUUACACUCGUAGUGGUAAAGCUAUGUCAUUGGAUCUAUAAGUGGAGGAAUCCAACAAGUAAUGGAAAACUUCCUCCAGGAUCUAUGGGUUUCCCAAUCAUCGGAGAGACGUUGGAGUUCAUGAAGCCUCAUGACGCUUUUCAGUUGGCAACAUUCUUGACGAAGAAAAUCCUCAGAUAUGGACCGGUGUUUCGAACAAGCUUAUUUGGAGCCAGAGUUAUUAUCUCAACUGAUAUUGGAUUGAACAUGGAGAUAGCAAAGACUAAUCAUGCUCCUGGUGCGCCUAAGAGCUUAGCACGUUUUUUUGGGGAAAACAACUUGUUUGUAAAGAGUAAGGAGUCCCAUAAACAUGUUCGGAACUUGACAUCCCAGUUCCUAGGUUCACAAGGUUUGAGAUUGAGGAUGAUACAAGACAUUGAUUCCUUGGCUCGCACACACAUGGAGUUAGGAGCUAAGAAUGGUGGUCUUGAUAUCAAGGAAACAUCAAGCAAGAUCUUAAUUGAAUGUCUUGCGAAGAAAGUUAUGGGUGAUAUGGAACCCCAUGCAGCAAAAGAACUAACACAAUGUUGGAGAGGUUUUCCUAGAGGGUGGUUUCGGUUCUCAUGGAGCAUUCCUGGGAAUGGUGUCUAUAGAAUGUUGAAGGCAAGAAACCAGAUGAUGAAUUUACUAAAAGAGACUGUGUUGAAGAAGAGAGCAUCAGGAGAGGAGCUUGGGGAGUUCUUCAAGAUCAUAUUUGGGGAAACAGAAGGAGGAUCGGAAAAGAUGAGCAUAGAGAAUGCGAUCGAGUACAUAUUUACUUUCUUUGUGAUUGCUAACGAGACAACGCCAGGAGUCCUUGCAGCUACUGUAAAGCUCAUAAACGACAACCCUAAAGUCAAGCAGGAGUUGCAAAGAGAGCACAAGCGAAUUUUUCAGGAUAAGACCGAGAAGGACGAGGCCGACCUAACAUGGGAAGACUACAAAUCAAUGACUUUCACCCAGAUGGUGAUAAAUGAGUCUCUAAGGAUCACAAGCACGGUGCCUACAAUGCUUAGAAUAGUUGAACACGAAACACAUGUUGGUGAUUACACAAUUCCAGCGGGAUGGAUUUUCAUGGGCUUUCCUAGUGUCCAUUUUAAUCCAGAAAAAUAUGAAGACCCUUUAGCAUUUAAUCCAUGGCGUUGGGAGGGAAAAGACUUAAGUGUGAUUCUCUCCAGGACUUACAUGCCCUUUGGCGCUGGUUCUAGACUAUGUUUAGGAGCUGAGUUUGCUAAGAUGCAGAUGGCCAUUUUUAUCCAUCAUUUGUGUAGAUACACGUGGUCAAUGAAGACAGAGACUAAAGUACUUCGGAGGUUUAUACUUAUGUUUCCACGUGGAUCUGAUGUUCAAAUCUCUGAAGACACCGAAGUGGAUAAUUCUUCUGUCUACUAGGUGGUUAUAUCUCAUUUGAGGUCGUUGGUUUGAAGCCCAAAAUAUAGGAGUGGUACAAAUAUAUAUACCAGUGUUUGUAAUAGGUAUCCGUUAUUAUGUUGUGUGUUUUUGUAUGUUUCUAUUGAAUUGAAUAAGAAGGUAGGCAAUAAGGGUUUUGUAAACAAUUAUGAAUAUAUGCUUUCAUCAUUAGAGGAUGUGGAUUUAGGAUUUAGUAAGGUUUUUACUUAUUUUGAUUAGGAACUUAAAUUUUAAAUUAAAACAUUAUAUGAUCUAUUCGCUUUUGUAUUUAAAUGUUGUAUUUGGAGGAAAAUGUUUAAAUAUUGUUAUUUUGAAUAUUUUUCAUCUGGAUGCUGCAUAUGGCUAAAACAUCAAAUGCAUUAAAAUUCUUAAUAUUCAAGACUGGUGAAGGAAAUGAUGGAGAGACUCAACUCAAUAUUCAAGAGGAGAUUUUUAUUCUUGAUGCAGAUGAUCCAAUCCAAUAGAAUCUAUAAGCAAAACAAUGAAUGGGGAUGGUAGCAAAAGUUUUAUUGCGGGUAAAUGAAACUUGUUACAACUCUGUUGUAUCCUAUUUCAGGAUCUACCAUGAGGUCCAUCAUGACAACCUGAUAUCAUAACACUUGACAGGUUUUGAGUUUUGUAUAAUUAGGUCAUGGGCGAUGGACUCAUUGUUCUUGCAGUGGACGAACUUGAAGCAGUGAAAAAAUUUGCAAGCAACAGAUUGUUGUACUUCUUAAGUGUUUGCUUUACUGAUAAUUUGCCGAGAAAAUAUU